AUGAAGACUUUGUGCCGACGUGUCAGCUUCUACAUUUUCACCAUCCUUUUAUCGUGUAAGUAUAAAUAAUAUUAUAAUAUAUUAUAGUGUUUGUCAAUUUAUAUAGAAAUGAUUAUAUUUCCAUAUACUAAUGGGACGACGGACCAAAACCGAACGGGAUAACAAGACUAACUUAAACGUUAAUUGCUUCGAACAUUAAUCAAUAUUCUGUGGUCGGAUUUCCACGGUUGUAGGUUUUGUCGACAGGAAAUGACUCGCAGUCAAUUUUCCUGGGACGUCAGUGAUGUCUGAACAUCAUUUUACAAUCUAUACGCAACACCAUUUCUGUUCGCCAUUAUCUUUCGGCUAAUUAAAGAUAGUACCAUAAAUCACAUUAGGUGGUUUAGUCUGCUAAAAAUGUUGGUUCGUUCGUUCGUCAAGGGCGGACUUUAUAAUAAUAUUUUAUGUAGUGAAAAUUCUCAUAGGUUUAAAGUGCACGUGAAUUUUCGCUGUUGUAUAAACAGACUUAAUAAUAAUAAUAAUUCGUUUCCAGUGUGCCAGGCGAACAACGAGCUAAUAGGACCGGCAUUUCGUCUAGUACCUCCGUUCAACGUCCAGUUUUCUAACGACACUGGCACCAAAGUCGACUGUACCGCUUUCGGAAAUCCUGUGCCGCAAAUACAAUGGUAUCUAGGUGCGGUUAUAACAUUAUUGACUUGUGAAUGUUUUUAUUACUAUAAACAUUAUUUCUAAAUAUAAUAUAAUACUAUGAUAUUUACAGAGGACGGGACGAGAGUGAUGACCAUUCCGAGAAUCAGAGUGGUACACCAGAACGGUAGCUUAAUAUUUUUACGAUUUGGUCCGAGUUCUUAUAUGCAUGAUGUGCAUAGCGCACAAUACAGAUGCAAAGCAAGCAAUGCGGUCGGUCAAAUCGUUAGCGGAGCCGUUCACGUUAAUGCCGGUAUAAUAUGUUUAUUAAAUGACUAUUUUUUUACCUUGAAAUCAUAAAAUAAUAUUAUUGAACUUCAUAAUUAAUUGUUUCAGUCAUGAACCAAAAUUAUGAAGUUCAAGUGUAUGCUGAGUACAUCACUAUUGGAAAUACGGCGUUGUUGAGAUGCCAUGUUUCUGCGUACGCUUCGAGUUACGUGAUGGUCACAUCGUGGAUACAGGAUGACAUAAUCCAUUUUUACCCGAACGUGGAUUCGGGCGGAAAAUAUUUGGUAUUGGGAAAUGGCGAUUUAUAUAUCAAUAAUGUCGAUUCUAGCGACGGAUACAAGAGUUACACAUGUAGAACAGUACACAAGUUGACCGGCGAAAUCAAAACAAGUGCUUUUCCUGGGCAUAUUACCGUGAAUGGUAAUAUUAUUAAUAAUGUAUAUUUUGUUGAAUUUAAACAAAAACAAAAUUGGAAUUUUAGAACCAACCGGAAGCCAACGGCCAAGAGUCGUCGUCGAAACCGAUAGCAGAAAACACAUCAAAGUGGGAGAUGACCUUACGUUAUCUUGUUUGGCUCAUGGCUUCCCCAUACCGAUCUAUAGAUGGUACAAAGAAAACGGAGACAUACUAAAACCCCUAGCGCACGAUCCGCGAUUUUCAGUGCCUAUACCUGGACUACUUAAAAUCGAAAAAAUCCGUUUAGAUGAUGAUGGAAAAUAUGUUUGUAUAACAAACAACACCGUGGCUGAAGAAACUGUUCAUCAUAGCGUAUUUGUCACUGGUAAAAUGGACUUUAUAAUAUUAUUGAAUGUACAAUAUACAAAUAUGUUAAUGAUUGAAAUUGAUUGUUUUUCCAGAGCCUCUUUCAGUUAAUAUAACUCCGCAAAAAGUAAUAGGAUCUUCACUUCUGGAUCCUACAAAGUCUGUCCAGUUUGUGUGUACGGUCAAUGGACACCCGAUCAAUAGAAUUAUGUGGUAUAAAAAUGGUCAACCUUUAAUACAACUGAGUGGUAGAGUACGCGUGCAAUCUUCACUUCACAAACAAGAGUUGACAUUAUCACCCCUGAGCAAAGACGAUCAGGGAAUGUAUCAAUGUUUCGGCACAAAUGAUUGGGAUAUGGCUCAUGAUAACACCCAAUUGCUUCUUGGAGGUAUACCUAUUGAAAAAUUAAUCAGGGCCGUUCCUAAGACGUCCUGGGCCCCGUAUUUUUACUCUGGUGACACAUUCCUUGUGUUUUUAUAAAUACAAAAAAAAAUACUGAAGAUAAUUAAAGGCCCCCUCUAUUUUGGACACCUAACCGUUAAAUACGCUGAAUAAAUACAAAAUACAAAAUUAUAUGCAAUUUUAGGCCCCGACAUUUUCCUCUGCCCUGAGCUCUACAAAUUUCCAGGACGGCCCUGCAAUUGAUAUGAAUAUUAAUGAAUAAAAUUUAAUUGUGUUUUGAUCUCGAAAAAAUAGACAUCGGACCGGAACUCGUAUAUUGGUUCACGGAACAAACCUUACAACCAGGUCCAUCUUUGUCUUUAAAAUGUGUAGCGUCUGGAAAUCCGCUUCCACAAUUUACUUGGACUUUAGACGGAUUUCCCAUACCAGAAUCUAAUAGAAUUAUGACGGGACAGUACGUGACGGCGCGUGACGAUGUUAUUGCUCAUGUUAAUAUAUCUUCACUGAAAGUCGAAGACGGUGGAGAGUAUACUUGUAUCGCUCACAACGAAAUCGCCCAAGUUUCACAUUCUUCGAGGAUAAACGUUUAUGGUUUCCCGUAUGUACGAGAAAUGCCUAGCGUGCACGUUGUAGCCGGAAAACAGCUAGUAGUCAAGUGUCCUGUAGCUGGUUAUCCAAUUGAAUCAAUUAAUUGGGAACGGGGUAAGGUGAAUAAUAUUUUAAUUAUUAAUAUGUAGUUUAACGAGAAAACGUUUCCAGACGGAGCAACACUGCCGGUUAACAUACGUCAAAAAGUUUAUAGCAAUGGGACUUUAACAAUAGACCAAGUUCAACGACAAAUAGAUGCGGGUACUUACACGUGUCAAGCGAAAAACCAUCACGGUCGAACGUCGAGAAGAGACGUAGACAUUCAAGUUUUAAGUAUUUAUAAAAAAAAAAUCACAUAAAUAAAACUGUAACUGUUGUAUUAAAAUAUAUAAUGUUUUUAAUUUAUUAUUUAUGAUUCUGUUUUAAGUUCGGCCAAAAAUUUUACCGAUUCCUCCUAUGACUAAUCUUUUGGCUGAAGGUAUGCGUGCAGCGAUUUCAUGUCAGAUCGUUGAAGGCGAUCUUCCUGUAAUGUUCACGUGGAAAAAAGACGGCGAUGGUGUAAAUAAUGACUUAGGAGUAGGAACGACAACGAGAAAUCACGAUGAAUAUUCGUCAUCAUUGAUUAUUGAACGUAUCACAGCUGAGCACGCCGGAAACUAUACGUGCAUUGCAACGAAUGCAGCGGGAGGAGAAAAAUUUACCGUCCCGUUAACAGUAAAUGGUUAGAAUUAGAACUGUAUAAAUUAACAAUUAUUAAAUUAUUUUUCUUACAUACAAAACUACUGGUUUUUAGUUCCUCCAAAAUGGACUGUUGAACCUGAAGACAUCAAUGUUAUUAUGGGCUAUCCAUGUAUGUUACAUUGUCAAGCGGAAGGAUAUCCUACGCCGACGGUAGUUUGGAAAAAAUCAUUCGGUAUUUUGAAUUAAUUUUUAACUUUCGUUUACCACGUAUACUAUUAUUUUCACAAACAUAAUAUACGAAGCUAGACAAUUUUAUAAUUUAUAAAUGGGGGCACUUAAGUGAAAUUACAUACUUAAGUUAAACGAAGACGAAAACAAAAACAGUAAAUUAACAAAAAUCUGAAAAAAUUUAUUAGGUUUUUAUUAAACUUGAUCGAGCUAUAAAAUUAUAAUUAUAAUGUUUACAAGCAUAAAAAGUUAAAACUCUAUCAAGAUAUAAAAGUAAUACAUAGGUACUGAUUUUAAUUGGACAGUAAAAAAUGUAUUUCUCAUAAGAUAAAAUUAUGCAUUAUAGUAUUAUUUUUUAAAUAACUAACACAUAAAACACCAAUAUUAAUAUUAAUGGCAAUUGAAGUUUCAUAAUAAACUAAACAUUUAAUAAAAUAAUGUGUUGUUAUUUUACACUGUAUACAGUCAUACAAAUAAUAAUUUUUGCGUACUUACAUUGAAUUAUGUUUUAAAUUUAUCGUUUUAGGAGACUCCAUUGGUGAAUAUAAGGACUUUUUAUAUGAGCCCAACGUUAAUUUCUUCAGGAACGGAACAUUAGAGUUUCUUCAUACUAGCAAGACUAAUGACGGAAAGUAUAUGUGUGAAGCAAAAAACGGAAUUAGUCCUGGUUUGAGCAAAGUUGUACAGUUGAAAAUAAAUAGUAGGUAAUCGAUUUUUUUUUUUUCUUAAAGCCAUUAUGUAUUUCUUGUUCCGUAGCUCCGGUAAAAUUUAUACAAAAGACUAAGCAGAUACAAGUUAAAAUAAAUAACGAUGCACAUAUACAAUGUACUGCCGUUGGAGAUAAACCGUUAAAAAUUACGUGGAAAGGAUCAACAAAUAUGCCAAUUUUAAAAGAUAUGGAUCGAAGGUAAUAAUAUUGAAAUACUAACUGAAAUACAUAUUAUAUACUAUACAUAUUUUAAAAAGCUUCAAAUGAGUAUUUUUAAGUACGAUUUUAAUUAGAUAUAUCUAUAGUUAUUUUUUAUCUUAUGUAAAACUUUAUAGAUAUAACAUAUAAUUAAUAAUAAUAAUAAUAAAAAUAAAACCGCUGAAAAUUAGGAAAGUGAUAUUUUAUUUUGACGUUACAGUUCAGACUCAUGUACAAUUUUUAAUGAAAUACUACUACUAAUCAGUUUAAGAUUUUUAAAUAUUAUCCACUAAACUAUCAAUAUUAUUAGAUGAUGCACUUGUAAUUAUUGUAUACGAUUUACUUUAAAUAAUAUAUAGUGGUAGCGUUAACUUAUACUUUGUACUUACGUUUUGUGCUGAACAAAAAAUAAUUAUUUCAAUUACCCACAUAUUUAUUGAUAAUAGUCUUCACUCUUUCAAUAUAUUGAGAUGAUCAUGAAAUCAAGCUAAUUAUUCUCAUUUUUAAACUCCUUAACAUAUUAAAUAAAAUUUAAGCUAAACCAACUCAUUCUAUCUUAAGUAGCUACUUUAUCUUUUCUCCCUCGGACCAUCAAGCUAAACCAGCAAUCCUCUCACCUAUUAGUUUUAUUCAUUUUCAGAUUCACAAAAAUACUUUUGUGCAGCCGCUAAAAACAUAGAUAAUUCGCGAAGUUUUAUUACAAGUUCCGUAAAAUAAAAUAAUAUAAUUUUACUCGGUGUCUAGACUAAAAAUGAUUAUUAAAUCGUUUAAAUAUAUUUGUAAGAAGACUAAUGUGUAUUGCUGUGAUAAUUGAUUUCAGGUUUACCAUAAGAGAACAAUCCAAAGACAACGGGCUUAUGUCAGAGUUGGGCAUAUCUCCCGUUUACAGACAUGAUUCGGGUUUUUUCAAAUGUUCAGGAAGUAAUUUUUACGGACAAGACGAAAAUUCCGUUGAGCUCGUAGUGCAGGGUACCGUAUGCUGUAGUAUAAUAUUUUUUUCGAUUAUCUCGAAAAUCAACUUAUCGCGUUUAAUAUAUAUACACAAUUCUACCCGAUACUAUCCUUUUUAUGUUUAAACAGAGACACCGGAAAGUCCGAAAGACAUACGAAUCGUGAACCAACAAAGCAGAUCAAUGGAAAUAACAUGGAAUAAACCGUACGACGGAAACAGCGUCAUACUGAAUUAUAUCGUCCAAUACAAAUUGGUAGCAUGUAAGUAUUUCUACCGGUAUUGGAGGUUAUUUGUUCUAAUGCGUACUUCCUAAUAUUGUUAUCGUUUUAGCGCUGUGGACAAUUGAUCCGGUAAAAGUUAUAGUUCCCGGUACGCAAACGGUUACGGUCAUUGAGGGAUUAACGCCAGCAACGGCUUAUCACAUCAGGGUUUUGGCGGAAAACGGUAUCGGCACGAGCGAGCCUAGUGACGAGUCACAAGCAAUUACACAAGAAGAAGGUUCUUAUUACCAUUUUUGACGUCCGAUAAUAUGUUUCGUUUACAGCCCGUAACUUAGGCCCAUACUAAAACACGUAUCUAAAUUUAAUCUGUUAAUAAUAAUAAUUACUGCUAUCGAUACGCGUACACGAUUCUCGAAUGAAAAUGAACAUGAUGACUAGGUAUAUUAUUUAUAGAGCAGUCCUUAUAUUAUCGGUUCUAAGGUCCAGUUCGGUCCGGUUCUUCCAAAAUAUUGAGAAAACUCCUGAGAAAAAUCGAAAAAUGACCAUUAGAAAAAGUGCUACACUUGUAAAUCGGAGCGAUAUAUCUUGUAGAAAAGUUGUUCAACGAUAAAGAAAAUUAAAAUACAAAUCAUUGUAAAACCAUUAUUAGCUCCACUUAGAAUCUAAAAAUCAAAUUGUAAUCUAUAUAUAUAUAUAUAUAUCAGGUUAGAUUAAACUUAUCAUAUAGAGUUCAAUGAAUGUACCAUAGAUAAAUAAAACAACUAAAUAGCCGACUACUGUGAUAAUUGCACAGAAAUGCACAUAAACAAACCAAUAGCUAUUUCAGCUCAGGUAACCAUUAGUAAAAAAAAAUUUACUUGAAAAAAAUUUAUAAGUAUUUCAGGAUUAUAUUUUGACAUAAAAUACUUUUUAAAAUAGUUAUUUGAAGAAGCGGCUCACCGGGAAAACUCCCGCAUCACCGGUGGCUCAAUGCGCCCCUGCAUGCGAGUAUUUCACUAAUGAUCAAUUCUUUUACAGCGCCCAGUAUGGCGCCGCAAAAUGUCCGGGCCGAAGCCAAAAGCACGACGGAACUUUUGAUCAUGUGGGAGCCGCCGCCGACGGAGGCUUGUAACGGGAUUUUAAUCGGAUAUCACGUCGGAUAUCUGCCAAUGGAUGACGCACAAAACGCCGCACAAUCGUCCGCACCGUCGUCGCUCAACCGUUACGUCAUGAAAACGAUAAACAUAAAUUCGCAAUACGACGAAGACUUGGUCAUUGACGGUUUAACGCCGUACACAACGUACUCGAUAGUGCUACAAGCGUACAACAGCAAAGGGCCGGGGCCGUUUUCCAAGCCCAUUACGGUACAGACUGACGAAGGCGGUAAGCAUUUAUCAGAAAAACAAACGUUAUUAAUAAUUGUACGUACAAUUUAUUUUUGUUUUUUUAAGUUUAGCAACCCGUAGGCUGGUGGGCAGCAACUCUCCAUUCGUCCCGCAUUCCUGCCUUCCUUUUUAGCUCACAAUGUGGUGUGCGAGUGCAUUUCAUGUCCCUAAUUAUCUUGGUAAUGUAGCUCAAGGGAGGUCUUGCUCUAUUGUUUUUUCCUUCCACUAUUCACCCAACUAUUCUUGUUAGAAAACUAUUGUGUCGGAGUGUAUAUUAUCAUCCUGGCUGUUCUACUUUUUAACGCUUUUAGUAAGCUUCUUAUUUCUUUGGCUUUUAGGAAGACUUCCUCAUUGGUUAUAAUAAUUAUUGUCUAUUCCACCUGUUUUUUAGCAUUCACUUAAAGCACCGUAGAAUAUACGUACACAUUAGGCACAACAAGAUAUUACAUAGUAUAUUAUUAUACUCGUUUUGCGUAUUACAGUACCGACAAUGCCGCCGGAAAAGCCGGAAUGUAGGUCAUUGACGUCGCAGAGUAUUGAAGUGACGUGGGUCCUACCACCACAAACUGGUCGCAAUGGUAAAAUAAUAGGUUUCAAAGUAUCUUAUCAACCAGCUGAAGAGUGGUAUGGUAAGUGUAUCUAAACAAAAUGACAUCUUAAUAAUAUUAUUAUUCCAUUUAAUCAUUUUUUAUUAUUAUUAUUUUCUAGAAAAUAAUGAGUUUGAAACGAAAAUCACCGCCGUACAACAUACAUCGAUUCAAGCUUUACUGAAAUAUACGAACUAUAGCAUAUCGAUAUUGGCAUAUACUAGUAAAGGGGACGGAGUCCCAAGUGAACCUGUCUAUUGCAAGACCGACGAAGAUAGUAAUACAUAAUAUAUUAUUAAUUAUUUUUAUUCGACAUACGGCUUUUAAAAUUGCACGUUAGUCAAGUUUUCAUAAAAUAAAUAUAUUAUCAAAAAAUGACUAAAAAAACUGUAGUGAAUCCACUACCCACAUUUAAUUUUCAAAUAAAUAUCUAUAUUAAAAAAAAAAUUCAUGAAUAGAUAAAGUUUUUUUUUAAAAACAUUUUGAUGUUGAAAUUUUUAAUUUCCGUUGGUCUCUUGACAAAACAUUCUACUUUUUAGUUUGAGUAAUAAAAAAAUAAUGGAGCAAAAUUUGUAUAGUAAUACGGCGCACUGUUCUUGAAUAUUGCUAAACUUAUUAUGUGCACAUUUUCCAUGAUUCCUAAAAGUUUAUUAUAGUAUUAACUUCAAAAAAAGUGCUGAUACUGAAGACAGGUGUGUCAAUUUUUAAGGUGGAGAAGUUGAGAAGAUAGGAUACGAUAAGGUAUUUAAUUCAUAUCCGUAAGCAACGAAAAACGAUUUGGAGCGAAGUGUUUUGAAAGGCCGUGUAUAUAUAAAAAUAUAUAUUUUACGGUAAAAAUACGAAUACCGGAUUUACCGGUAAAACCUAGGAUGCACAAAAUUGUUUGGUCAAACCCUGAAUGAUUUUUGUAGUUCGGACUUUUACAAACGAAAUUUGAUAAAUCUUAGGACAAACAAUCAAUGUUAGUAAAAGUCCAAAAUUUUUUUAUUCAGUCAACAAGUAUCACAGAACCUUGAAACUGAUUGUGGCGAGCUUUUCUGUGAACUAUUUUCACUUCAGACCACAAACUACAUAGAUUUAUAAUAACAGCAUUUACGAAUUCUCUCCGAUUGUCCGAGUGGAAUAUAUUUGGUGUACCGAAAAGAUUAAAAAUAUCGAGUAAGCAAUACGCAACUUCUUUUGUUUGAACUCCGUUUGAAUUUAAGUCGUCAUAAAAUAACAAAUUAAAUCAAGUUGUCUUGAUAGACCAUUAUAAAUUUAUAAUUGUUAUCAGGAUUUGCCUGCAUAUCAAUUAAGUCUACCUGGCAGCGUGAAUUCAUUUCGGUGUGUAUAAUAGGUUUAUCAGUUAGACCUUUUUUGGGCAUAAUGUGUUUUUUUUUGACAUGGCUCACAUAAUUUUAUAUAAAUAUUUAUAGCUUCAAUAUUAACAUUUUUGUAUUUACUAUUAACAGCAUACGCAAUACGAUUUCUACCUCCGUGACCUGCUGCAAUAUGUACUUCAUGAAUAAUUUCAUACAAAUCAUCAUAGCGAACAUAGUAACUCAUUUCUUCGGAGGCACCAUUCAUCAGAGUAAUCAGUUUUUCUUCUCCGCCAAUAUUAACAAUAUUAAACCGUUUAAAUUGUCGAUAGUGAAUUGAUUUUUUAACUUUGACCGAUUUUGAUUCUUUCACUUCGUUCAAUAAUACAUCAUAUUUUUCACUAGUAAUGUAUAAAGUGUUUUUAUCGUUUUUUCUUCGACAACACCAUUUAAAAGUUUGUAAACCGUAUUUUAAGUAACAUAUUUAAAAUCAUAUUCUAUUCGCGACAAUUAUAAAAUUAAUAGUGUUGAUUUUUCAAUAAGCCUAUUCAAUUUAUAAUCAAUCAAUUAUCAAACCUGUUCCGUAUAACCUUUUAUUAUCAUGCUUUAUAUUAAAAUCGAAAUGAAAAUUUCCAAAGUCGAUCGCAGUAUAAUAAUUCGUAACAAUAAUAAUAAAUAUUUUUGUCGUAUUAUAUAAUAAUAAUAUAAAGAUGUUGUCUCCACAAAUAAUAAUAAUAUACCAAUAAAACUAUAAAGCAAGGAGGAAAAAUCACAUUAUUGGUAAAAACUUUUGGACUUUUACUAACACUGAUUGUUUAUCCUAAGAUUUACCAAAUCUCGUUUGUAAAGGACCGAACUACAAAAAUUAUUCGGGGUUCGACCAAACAAUUUUGUUUAUUCUAGAUUUUACCGACAGUAGUUGACGAAACCGGUAUUGGUACUUUUACCUAACAUAUAUAUAUAUAUCUAUAUUUACAAUUUUCAUCAAAAUUUAUCAUUAUAAUUCCUAAAAAUAAAUUACUACAUUAUAUUUAAUUUUUUUUUUUUUUUUACAAAGUAGGACUUAUAAUGAACCUUCUGAAAAAUUUUCAAACAUUUCUUUUUUACUCUAACAACUUAAUCCACAGAGAAUCUAGCAAAUAAAAAUUUUACGUACAAAAAUAACAAAAAUAAAAUAUCUUAAAAUCGCUCUAAUUUUUUGAAAGUUUUACCACGUUUCGAAUAGGUAAAUAUAAGUUUUCAGUCCAAGUUGCAAGUCUCUAAGAAUAUUUUUAACUAAAUUACAAAAAAAAAAAUGUCCUAAGAUAAUGGAAACGGGUGCAGCCACUGGUUAUAGAUAAUUUAAUGUACACCUGUAAGCAACAAUAAAUAGACAUAUAUAUUGUCAAAAAUAUAUAUAUAUAUAUAUAUGUCAUAUUACAAUAAAAUAAUUAAAUAGGCUUUAUAUUUUUUUUUAAUACUAUUUGUUUAAUGUUAUACCGAUUUUCCCAGUUUUUCUACGUUUUCCCUGGUUUUCUCAUUUUUUAUCCCGGUUUUUCAAAUUUGAUGAGAAAACUCCUAAAAAAAGUCGAAAAAUGACCUCCUUAAAGUACUUACCAUACACCGAUUUGCUUUCAAAAAAGGUGGUAUACUUAAAAAUCGGAAUAAGUAUUCUAGUAGAAAAGUUGCGCACAGUUAAAAAAAAAAAAUCAUUAAACAUCUUUGUAAAACUAUAAGCAUCUUCGCUCCACUUCGAAUCUAAAAAUCAAAAUUAAAAUAAUAAAAGUUUUAUUUUCGUAAAUAUGUCCGUUCUUUAUUAAGAACCAGUGAGUUGUAUGCGAAAAUUAUGAUAAAAUUCGUAACCAUAUUUCGCAUAUAGCGAAUUUCUUUCAGAAUCAUAGUUUGUUAGUAAUGAUUUAUCGUUGUGUACCGAUGUAAAUUAGAUAAUUCUAUUUACUCUAGCUUUCCAAAAUCCGACCAACAUGAGUUACAUCAAUGGCGCAUCUAUCAGCAGUAUCAGCUGUUUUUUGUUUUUAUUUUUAAUUAAAUUACGUGGUAGUUAUAUCGUUUGUAAUUAAUUACUAAAAUGUAAUUUGCUCAUCCUAAAUCUCAUGCUAAUUCUUUUCAUAAAGUGUUUGUGUGUCUGUUUUAGCACCUUCAGUUCCAGCAGACAUCAAAGCAGUUAUAAGUUCUAUAAAGACUAUAAUUGUGUCGUGGCUGCCUCCUCUCCGACCAAACGGAAAACUAACUGGAUACAUUUUAUACAUAUCGAUUUUAAGCGGUCACAAAGAUGUAAGUUCUAUUUCCCUUGUAUUUAUUACGUUAUUUUCAUAACUACGUAAUAUUAUGUUUUUAAGUCGAAACCAACCAAGAAAAUGCUUGGCGCUUCCGUCGAAAUGUUCGAAGCUUCCCGAAUAUUAGAUAGUACCACAUAUCAGUUCUGGGUCAAGGCCCAGACUAAAGUAGGCGAAGGCGCGAGUACAAAAAUAAUAACUGUUCUUCCCACAAUCAAAAUUCCCGCUCAGAUAAUAUCGUUUAGCCAAGUUUUGAUUAUGCGAUGGAAAAAAAACGUGACGUUAAAUUGUAAAAGAGUUGGCGUGCCGUUUCCAGAACCGAUUUGGACCAAAGGCGGGCGAUCAAUCACCUCGAGUGGAAGAUAUCAGGUUACAACAUAACAGGCAUUUUGAUAUAAUACGCAUAAUUAUUACCCAAAUGAUAUUCAUCUCAAUAUAAUAUCACACUGAUGUUUAGAUCAAUAAAGACGGAUCGUUAGCCAUACUCGACGUACAACAUUCAGACCGAGGAAAUUAUACAUGUGCCGUCGAGAAUACGCACGGCAAAGACGAAAUCGUUUAUUCCGUUAAUGUCAGAGGUACAACCAAAUUAUUGUUUAAAUUAAAUAUUUAUUACUUAACUGAUUAUAUCAAAUAUUCCUCAGUGCCGCCAUCACCUCCAAAGUUGACGGUUCAUUUGGAAGAAACCGAUAGUUUACAACUGAAAUGGAUAGACACGGCCGAGUCAGAUACUCCGAUAUUAGGCGAGUUCAUAACCUAUGGUUUAAAUAUUUACAAAAAACGUGUAUUAAACACUAUAUUUUUAAAUAUUAUUAUUUAAUUAAUUUCAGGAUACGUCAUCAACUACAAACGCGACCACGGUGACUGGGAAGAAAUCCACAUAGAUUCACAAACUCAUUUUCAUGUACUACAGAAAUUACUUUGUGGCACGAGAUAUCAACUGUAUAUUACGGCCUACAAUAAAAUCGGCACCGGUCUACCAUGCGAUAUUUUAACGUCGUAUACCAAAGGCUCAGGUAUAAUUUUUUUAAACGCCAUUCCGGCAGACAUGAACUCUGCAUUUUCGUUCUGCAUUCAAAUAAUAAAGAUUUAAUAUGAUCGACCUCUGGCUGUUAGGUCUUAGAAAAUAUUAAAAUAUCAAAAAAUGAUUUAUAGAACUUUUGCUACAGUAUAUAAGGGAACGUAGGUCAGAACGGGGUCAUUGAGUGAAACUGAUAAAUUUUAAUACACACUCGUAUGUCUUAUACGGAUCCACUUACAGUUCCAGAAGAAGGCGAUAGGUGGAUCACCCCUCCCUGUAUUUAUGCGUAUAUAAAUAGUUACUCUAAUAAAACAUGUUAACAUGUUAAUAAUCAUAUCCUGGAAUGUACACGGUUCAAAUUAUAAAUAAAAAUCAUUAAUUUUGAAUGAAUUAUAUCUUUUUAAACCUUAGCUUUACCAUUCUAUCUCACUUUCCCUACUUUUGGAUUAAAGGAAAAAUAUACAUGUACGUACUAUAUUGAUUAAGUUUUUGAAAUUUCUAUAUUUCUCUACCAAUAAGGACCAGUAACUUCAAGUAAGACGCUCCUGUGUGGGUGACAAGUGUUAUUAAUAUUGUAAGUAAAGUGGCAAGACUGUUUAAUGGAUAUUAUUUUUUGAUGAAACUGGUGAUUGUACCAACUACGUCACUACUAUUUUUCAUUUUACAAAUAUUAAAUAUUUAAUGUAUUACAAAUAAUUCACAUGAAAAUUUGUCGGAAAAUAAUAAAAUCGAAAAUUAGACCGUGCUUCUAUAUGAAUAAUGGACAUACCAGAUGAUUCAUUUAAGUGGGUACACUCAUUGUUAACUUUUUCCGGAAUUUGUUUUCUAAAACAUUUAAGAAACAAGGUGCUCUACAAUUUUAUAUUUAUGUUGUUUUUGUCACACUUAUUUUGGAGGUAAAAACACUACCUACUUUUGAUUUUCAAAUGGCAACUUAUAUUAAAAAGUCCAUAAAUAGAUAGAGUGUUUGUUAAAAUCAAUUUUAGUGUUGACAUUUUUCUGUUGAUCCUUUGACGAGAUAUUCCAUUUUUAAGUUUGGGUUGGAGGAGAGCAGUGGAGUGUCAUUUGGGUGGUGGUACGGCGCGCGGUGUGUUAUCAAUGCAGCACUACUCUCCUCCUACCUAAAAUUAAAAGUGGAAUAUCUCGUCAACGGAUUGAUAGAAAUAAGAAAUUUUAACACUUAAAUUUGUUUUAGCUAAUACUCCAUUUAUUUAUCGAAUUUUUAAUAUAGGUUGCCAUUUGAAAAUCAAAAGUAGGUAGUGGUUUUACCCCCAAAAAUAAGGGUUACAAAAAAUAAAAACAUUGUAGAGCUGGUUGUUUCUUAAAUGUUCAGAAAACAAAUUCCGAAAAAAGUUAAUACAUUCCGAGAUAAUGAGUGUAUCCAAUUAAAUGAAUCACUCGGUAUACACUACAGUGUUAUGUUAAAUUACGACUACGAGACGUUUUUCGGUCUGUUGACAAGUUUUUUCCUCCAGAUCAAAAAGCCAGAGAUCCCAGUCCCUGUCAAAAAAAAAAAAAUGCAUAAUUAUAUGACGUAUAACGAACAUUAAACAAAAUAUGUUAUUUCAUGUUAUAGUACCCGUGCCACCCGAAUCGCCGUCUGAAGCAAUAACGUACAACAGUACGACGGUGAGCGCCUGGUUCGAUCUAUGGGGUAGCGGAGGUUGCGAUAUACAAUACUAUACAAUCGAAUGGAAACAGUCGAAAUCCAAUGAAUGGAUAUUAUGCGAUGGUAACAUCGCUCCUACAGAGCGUAUGUACACGGUUGGCGAUCUUGAACCAGCAUCCCAAUAUCAAUUGAAAGUUGUCGCUCACAAUAAUAUCGGGACUGCCUUUGCGUUGUACAACUUCACUACACUCACGAUUGACGGAGGUAACAAUUUAGCAGGCCUAUUUUUGUGUAUAGUAUAAUACGUAAUCCUUCACAUUCAUAAUUAGGUUCUAACCAAUACAAUUAUUUUAUAGAUUAAAAUAUGCCUUUUAAAUGACCUAAUAAUUAUAGAUGAUAUAAAAAAAAAGGUAAUUCUUGAACGAUUUGAUUUAAAAUUCUGAUCUUAAAACCAUGAUUUGUCGGUUUAAAAUUCACCUAUUUAAAAUAAAUAAAUAGUUUGACGUUUCAAUUCAUUUUGUUCAUGUAUAUAGCGACCGUUAUGCCGUUUGAUUUUUACACCGAAAUAACGCCUGAAGAAGCCUCUGUCUUUACAUCGAUUACAACCGCGAUCUCAUUAAUUAUAGCCUUAGUCGUAGUAUCAUCGAUCGCAGCGUUCACAUAUUAUUAUAAAGUAAUGAGUAAGUAUUAACGUCUAAAUAUAAAGGUACGUAAAUUAUGUUAUAAAAAAAAAAAAUUGUUCCCAUCAAACUUUUACCAGAGCACUCAGAAGACGAAUCCCUCAGAGAUCAAAGCCAGAGAAGUCGCGACCAACGGUAUUCGGUCAGGGGACAAUCGCAACAAACGUUGAGUUGUGAUUCUGUAACCUUUAAAACCGAUUCGACUGGUAUGAAUUUUUUUUUAAAGUAUUAUAAAAUAAUAUUUGGUACCGAUACAGGGUGAUCGAGGUAAAACACUCGUUAUCUUGGAAAUUAUUAACUAUUUUAAAAUUUGUUUUUUUUUUUAGAAAAUGUAAUAAACAAAUAUCAACUUUACUCUCAACAAUGUUGCAUUACGAAUAUUUCUUGUCACCCUUAUUUUCGGAUGUGAAACUACAAUUCAUUUUUUAUUAUCGAAUAGCAAUCUAUAUUAAAAAUUCCAUAAAUAGAUUCCAUAAAAAGUUAAUACGCUCUGAGAUAAUGCGCAUCUUAUGUAUAUACAUAAGAUACGCAUCAAUAUCACUGUGUGAUAUUGAUUACUGUGUACAAUAUUAUCUUAUACUGUUUUCGACAAUGAUUUUUCAGAAUAUAUGGAUGAUAUUUGUCCGUACGCGACUUUUGAACUUGCCAAACAACCACAAGGUGAAAGUACGUUCAGUGGUAAUAUUUACAGCGGCCCAUAUCAUUCGGUCCGAGGAUCGUUUGUAUAUCACCAACCAAAAGCGUCCACUUCUGAAGCUUAUAAUUUUGUUCCAGUAAAUAAAACCUGUUUUUUAAUAAUUAUAAAUUACAAAUUUGAAUUCCAGUGAAACAUUUUUAUUUUUUAGAGAAAAGAACCAGAGUAUACUAAAGUCCGUCAAAAAGGAAGAAAACUUAGAGAUCCUCAUUCUGAAAGUCAAGGUUAGUCAAAAAUAUUAUAAUAGUAUAUAUUCCGUCUAGACAGACAUUGUUAGAAUAUUGACAAUAGAGUGAAAGCGAUUAGAGUAAAACUAAAUUAUCUUAUUGUAUCGUCACAUGAAAAAAAAUUGAUCUCACAACAAAGAAAUAACUAAUGCCUUAAGUAUUUAAUUUUUAUAAGUUUAUUGCAUAAUGAGUCCACCAAAAUCAAUGAAUAUUGGUAUAUUUUAAAAUUAACUUACACUUUACAUAUCGUUUAUUUCUUCAAAUAAAUUAUCUCUAUAAUUUACUCAUGUAAUCUGGUUACCUCAUUCUAAACAGUGAUGCGACAAGAAUUUUUUCAAUGGAGGACCGAAACAUUUAUAUUAUCAUAAAAUUAGUAAAAGUUUUUACUGUUCAUAUUUAUAAAAUAUUACUUGUUAAUUAUUUAAUUUAGACCAUUGUUUAAUAGGUAUCUAAUAAAUAUUAUUUUUCUUUCAAAAAAAGUGGCAAAAUUUUAUUUUGUAAGUAAAUAAUAAUAGGAAAUAUUAUAUUUUUGUUUAUAUUGUCAUUCACUCUUUGGUUUAUACACCAAUAUUGUGUUUUUUUUUUUUAUCGUAGAACCAAAUUUCUUAACAUUCAAUUUAUUUUGAUCAAUCUAUUAAUUUUUGUGUAUUAAAAAUUAUUCAAAAUAAUAUAAUAAUCAAAACACACGAAUUUCGAUUAAUAUAGCUUAGAGGAAUUCCAUGUUGUUUAACUGAAGAAUAAACAUUUAAAUUAUUAAACUAUGGAAAUGUUUCAGAAUCAGACAAUCUAGGUAGCACAGAUUCUGAAGUAAAGCGGAUUCUAACACUUCACCUACCUAUUUCAGAGUAUGAUACUCAUGGUAGUGACUCUGACAACGGCGAAGUAAGACGAAACCAAUCGACGAGCCAAGAACUAGUUUCUUUUAGACACCGUAUGAGUAGAGGUGAAUAUACACCUUUUUUUAUAAUUACCAUCAUCAUUACAUUGUUCUUAUUAUAACCAUAAUUUCGUAUUGGGUUCUGAUUAGAAGUGAGUAACGAAGACUCCAGUUCAUCGUCGGAGAACUCAGUAGCAGAAGUAAGAAAACCCCCCACGAUGUCCGCUCUCCGAAAGCCCAAAUCAAAAAGUCAAAUAUUCACGAAAAGGCCGUUAAAAAAUAGUGGAGGGUUUACUAGUCACAGUGAGGGCAUUGAUUUUAGGUAUAAAUUUUAGUUUAAUUGUUUAAGUUAUUACAUUUUACAGGUUUAAAUUUAAUAACUUACGUAUUUGGAUUUUAGUGAGCGUUUGAAUCCUCCAGCUAGAUUUUCGGACUCAAGACCUAUGCGACAAAACGAAGGGAACGAAUUCGAGCGACGCCCAAAGAUAUCUUCACAUCAACGGAGAUCACCAAGAAGACUUACCCAAGAGACUUCGUUCCAAAUAGACGUUUAG